AUGCCUGACGAAGCAUUCGACGACUUGGAUCGCCAGACACAACGCGCAGUUGCUGGUCUUAUACGCCUCGCUCUCUCCGCAGAAACACGUCGUUCAAGUCUGAAGCGCGAUGAGAUUGCGAAGAAGUGCAGCAGGCCAUCUGCGAUGAGCAUAGACAGUAUGAUAACCGCAGCCAACUUAAAAUUAACCGAGGUGUUCGGCUACCAGAUUGUAGAAUUGCCCCCGAAAGAGAGCUACAAGUUGGACAGUCUCCCUGCCAAGAGAGGUACGCGGGCGUAUGUGGUGGUGGAUGUGCACGAUAAGCCAGACAACACCAACCACCUCAAGGCGUACGAGCGUUUCGAAAACACCCACCUUAUCGGCAUCCUCCACACCAUCCUCGCUGUCGUCUUGGCUAGCGGAGGCAUCAUUUCAGAUACACACCUCUACUCCCAUCUCAAGAAACUUGGCCUAAAUCAAUCACAGUGCCUCCCAAAUGAAGAUAAGCUUACGUUGGAAUCCUUUAUCAACUCCCUCUCAAGGCAGUCUUACCUGGAGAAAAAAAAAUCAUCCAUUGGGAAUCACGACAUGGAAUUUAGUUGGGGUGCACGAGCGCUUGUCGAAAUUGGCGAGAAUAAUAUUGCUCAGUUCAUGAUUCACAUUAUCAACAUAUCUAGGCGUGAUAGCAGCAACGAUGCAACACAAGAAAUCAAUGAUAAGAUGCUCGAAGAUCUACAAAGAGGUAUUGGACAUAGCUGGAACAGCUAG